AUGACUUUCGACAACGACAUUCGAGAGAGUUGGAACUACCUACCAGACCCUCAUAGCGACGAUAACUGGAAGGGGAUUACAUGGGAUGUUUUGACUAAGGAAGGAUGGUUCGACCGUUGGCUCCAGGUCGAGAAGGAAUUUGCUCUGGCUCGCUAUAAGGACAUUGUGGAUACGCCUGACAGUGGUCAUAUUGACUAUGAUGGCGUCGAGCUUUCAGCGACUAAGCCCACAAAGGCAGCUAUUCGCGUGAAUGACCUGCUAGAGACCAUCACCGAGCGUUAUCAGCCGUUAUCCUCAUUCAGCCAGAAGCUGCGUUUUCUUAUUGACAUUCAAAUCACAAUCUUCGACCAAUUCCACGAACGCCUGUACUCCGCCCUGGAAGCCUACCUUGCAAUGACAUCCACCAUCGGUCGCACGGUGCAAGGGACAGACGGUGCCAGCGUGGAAGGAGUUGCAGGGCUGGAACGACUGUGCAGGGUCUUCGGAAGCGCCGAAUACCUCGAGAAGAAGAUGGAGGACUGGAGCAACGAGGUAUUCUUCGUCGAGCUCUGGUCGGAGCUCCAAGAGCGGGUUCGGCAGAACCGCGACGGAGGCAAAAACGUUGCCGGUUCCAUGUCAGUGGCGGACGUCGCCUCCAGGACCUCUCCGGCUGUCAACAACGGCUCCGAGGACAGUGACAACAACGGCGCGACUUCGGAAGGAGCCCUCUUUGACGAAACCGCUUCCGCAUACCGUCGUCUCCGACUGCGGUCUGAAUCCAUCAUCACGUCCACUCUCACCUCCAACGUGCGAUCUACCCUAAAGCCAUACUCUCGCGUGUCUACCUGGACAACCAUCUCAGUGCCUUCGACAUCCUCCACCGGCCCUGUGCCCCCGUCUUCCGAUCUCACCCCCGCCAUGCGUACCUUGUCCACCGAGAUCUCAUUCCUAUCCCGCACAUUAGGCAUUGCGCCCUUGCGCCGUAUCAUCCGACAGGUCCUCCUCGCCAUCCAAACCUACCUCUGGGGCACCAUCCUCAUGAAAAACACCUUCUCUGCAGCAGGCGCAGCGCAACUCAUCAGCGACGUCGAUCACCUCUGCAACGUCGUCGACGUGGCUCUCGGCCCUGCCACCCCGACCGGCGGCUCGGCGAAAGUGCUGCAGAAAUUGUCCGAGGGCCUACUUCUUCUGGGACUUAGUGCCCACGCAUCGCAGCCCGAAGGCGAGUCUGCUUCUUCCAAUGCCCCUGAUCCUCUUGCUGGAGGUACCGACUCUGCACUCGGACUAUGGGCAGUGGAGAAGAGGCUGUUCAAAGACAAUGAAAGCGCCAGGGAGGUUCUUACUGAGCUAGGGGUUGAAACUCUGGCGGAGUCAGAGGCUAGAAGUGUGCUUGAGCGACGCGCCGAGAUCGGUAAUUAG